UGAGCGCAGCCGGCGCCGCGGGGCGGGGGAGGGGGCGCCCGCGCCGCCAUAUUCGCUCCCGCCGGCGGCCCCGCGGCGCGCAGCCACCAUGAGCACCGCCGCCUUCCACAUCUCCAGCCUCCUGGAGAAGAUGACGUCCAGCGACAAGGACUUCAGGUUCAUGGCCACCAGCGACCUGAUGUCAGAGCUGCAGAAGGACUCCAUCCAGCUGGACGAGGACAGCGAGCGCAAGGUGGUGAAGAUGAUGUUGCGGCUCCUGGAGGACAAGAACGGCGAGGUGCAGAACCUGGCUGUCAAGUGCCUGGGUCCCCUGGUGGGCAAAGUGAAGGAGUACCAGGUGGAGACCAUCGUGGACGCCCUGUGUGCCAACCUGCGCUCAGACAAGGAACAACUCCGAGACAUCGCCGGCAUCGGCCUUAAGACGGUCCUCUCGGAGCUGCCCCCUGCGGCCACAGGCUCUGGGCUGGCCACCAAUGUGUGCCGGAAGAUCACGGGCCAGCUCACCAGUGCCAUCGCCCAGCAGGAGGAUGUUGCUGUGCAACUGGAAGCCCUGGACAUCCUCUCUGACAUGCUGAGCAGGCUGGGCGCGCCGCUGGGCACCUUCCACGCCAGCCUGCUGCACUGUCUGCUGCCCCAGCUGAGCAGCCCGCGCCUGGCUGUGCGCAAACGGGCCGUCGUGGCUCUCGGCCACCUGGCGGCUGCCUGCAGCACCGACCUCUUCGUGGAGCUCGCCGAUCACCUGCUGGACCGGCUGCCCGGCCCGCGCGCACCCGCCAGCCCAGCCGCCAUCCGCACUCUGAUCCAGUGUUUGGGCAGCGUCGGCCGCCAAGCUGGCCACCGCCUCGGGGCCCACCUGGACCGCCUGGUGCCCCUGGUGGAGGAGUUCUGCAACCUGGAUGACGACGAGCUCCGGGAGUCCUGCCUGCAGGCCUUCGAGGCCUUCUUGAGGAAGUGUCCCAAGGAGAUGGGCCCUCAUGUGGCCAACGUGACCAGCCUCUGCCUCCAGUACCUGAAGCAUGAUCCCAACUAUAACUACAACAGUGACGAGGACGAGGAGCAGAUGGAGACUGAGGACAGCGAAUUCAGUGAGCAAGAGAGUGAGGACGAAUACAGCGACGACGAUGACAUGAGCUGGAAGGUGCGCCGGGCAGCCGCCAAGUGCAUAGCGGCCUUGAUCGGCUCCAGGCCCGACCUGCUGCCCGAUUUCCUCUGCACCCUGGCGCCCGCCCUCAUCCGCCGCUUCAAGGAACGGGAGGAGAACGUCAAGGCCGACGUCUUCGGGGCCUACAUCGUGCUAUUGCGACAAACGCGGCCCCCCAAGGGAUGGUUGGAGGCUGUCGAAGAGCCCACCCAGACCGGGAGCAACCUCCACAUGCUGCGAGGACAGGUGCCCCUUGUGAUCAAGGCCCUGCAGCGGCAGCUUAAGGACCGGAGCGUCAAGGCCCGGCAGGGCUGCUUCAGCCUUCUCACGGAGCUGGCGGCUGUCCUCCCUGGCAGCCUGGCGGAGCACAUGCCAGUCCUGGUAUCAGGCACCAUCUUCUCCAUAGCUGACCGUUCCAGCGCCUCCACCAUCCGAAUGGAUGCCCUGGCCUUCCUGCAGGGGCUGCUGGGCACAGAGCCGGCUGAGGCCUUCCACCCGCACCUGCCCACCCUCCUGCCACCCGUGAUGGCCUGUGUGGCCGACCCUUUCUACAAGAUUGCGGCUGAGGCCCUGCUGGUGCUCCAGGAGCUGGUGCGGACCCUGUGGCCACUGGACAAGCCUCGGAUGCUGGACCCCGAGCCAUACGUCGGAGAGAUGUCUGCAGCCACCCUGGCACGACUCCGUGCCACCGACCUGGACCAGGAGGUGAAAGAGCGGGCCAUCUCCUGCAUGGGCCACCUCGUGGGCCACCUAGGUGACCGGCUUGGGGAUGACCUGGAGCCCACCUUAUUGCUCCUCCUGGACCGCCUGCGGAAUGAGAUCACCCGGCUGCCCGCUGUCAAGGCUCUGACCCUGGUGGCCGUGUCCCCAUUGCGACUUGACAUGCAGCCCAUCCUGGCCGAGGCGCUGCCUAUUCUGGCUUCCUUUCUGCGCAAGAACCAGCGGGCACUUCGGCUGGCCACACUGGCGGCCCUGGAUGCCCUGGCACAGAGUCAAGGACUCAAUCUCCCGCCACCGGCAGUGCGGGCUGUGCUGGCCGAGGUGCCUGCGCUGGUCAGCGAGAGUGACAUGCAUGUGGCCCAGCUGGCUGUGGACUUCCUGGCCACCGUGACCCAGGCCCAACCGGCCUCUCUGGCGGAGGUCAGCGGCCCGGUACUUUCCGAGCUGCUGCGGUUGCUGCGGUCGCCUCUGCUGCCAGCCGGAGUGCUGGCGGCCGCCGAAGGCUUCCUGCAGGCCCUGGUGGGGACCCGGCCGCCGUGCGUGGAGUACGCAGAGCUCAUCACCCUGCUGACUGCGCCCGUUUACGACCAGGCUGCAGACGGAGGUGGCGGGCCAGGCCUGGCCAAGCAGGCCUUCCAUUCCCUAGCUCGGUGCGUGGCAGCCCUCUCGGCCGCCUGUCCCCAAGAGGCGGCGGGCACUGCCAACCGCCUGGUCUGCGAUGCCAGGUCACCCCACUCGAGCACGGGGGUCAAGGUCCUGGCGUUCCUGUCGCUGGCAGAGGUGGGUCAGGUGGCCGGGCCAGGCCCCCAGCGGGAGCUGAAGGCCGUGCUCCUGGAUGCUCUGGGGUCGCCCAGCGAGGACGUGAGGGCCGCCGCCUCCUACGCGCUGGGCCGCGUGGGCGCGGGCAACCUGCCGGACUUCCUGCCCUUCCUGCUGGCGCAGAUCGAGGCCGAGCCCCGCCGGCAGUACUUGCUGCUGCACUCGCUCCGGGAGGCCCUGGGGGCCGCGCAGCCCGACAGCCUGAAGCCCUACGCCGAGGACAUCUGGGCGCUGCUCUUCCAGCGCUGCGAGGGGGCCGAGGAGGGCACCCGCGGCGUGGUGGCCGAGUGCAUCGGGAAGCUGGUUCUUGUGAACCCCCCGUUUCUCCUGCCGCGCUUCCGGAAGCAGCUCGCUGCAGGUCAGCCACACACCCGCAGUACGGUCAUCACAGCGGUCAAGUUCCUCAUCUCCGACCAGCCCCAUCCCAUCGACCCCCUCCUGAAGAGCUUCAUUGGAGAGUUCAUGGAGAGCCUGCAGGACCCGGAUCUGAAUGUACGCCGGGCCACUCUGGCCUUCUUCAACUCGGCCGUACACAACAAGCCCUCGCUGGUCCGGGACCUGCUGGACGACAUCCUUCCCCUGCUCUACCAGGAGACCAAGAUCCGCCGGGACCUGAUCCGAGAGGUGGAGAUGGGGCCCUUUAAGCAUACGGUGGACGACGGGCUGGACGUGCGGAAGGCAGCCUUCGAGUGCAUGUACUCGCUGCUGGAGAGCUGCCUGGGCCAGCUGGACAUCUGUGAGUUCCUGAACCACGUGGAGGACGGGCUGAAGGACCACUACGACAUCCGGAUGCUGACAUUCAUCAUGCUGGCACGGCUGGCCGCCCUGUGUCCUGUGCCUGUCCUGCAGCGGGUGGACCGGCUCAUUGAGCCACUUAGGGCCACCUGCACCGCCAAGGUCAAGGCCGGCUCAGUGAAGCAGGAGUUUGAGAAGCAAGAUGAACUGAAGCGCUCUGCCAUGAGGGCAGUGGCCGCCCUGCUGACCAUCCCCGAGGUGGGGAAGAGCCCCAUCAUGGCCGACUUCUCCGCCCAAAUCCGAACCAACCCUGAACUCGCCACCCUCUUCGAGAGCAUCCAGGAUUCUGCUUCGGCCCCCAGCACGGACUCGAUGGAGCUCAGCUAGUCAGGAGUCCGCCCCGGGCUCCCCGCCUACCACUCCAGGACCGGGGUGCGCCCUCUGGCCUUUCAUCUCACGGGGCCCUCGUGCCCCUGGCUGGGGUGUACAGUGCCUUCUCCAGGGACCCAAGCUCACAGGCCUCCACAGCCCAAGCGGCCAGGGUGCCAGCAGUUGGGCCCUUUACCUCAGGACUGUUGUUAGGGCGAGAAUGUUUUCCAGUGAUCUCGACACUUCGCCCCUCCAGUUACUCUGGUUCCUUCAACCUGGGGAGUCCCUGCCUCACUGACCAGCACCUAGAAAACAGUACAGCUGCUGGGCUCAGAGCCAGCAGGCUGCCCUGCCUCCCCUACCGUCCCAGGUUCCUCACUCCCACAGUCCUCCUUCACCAGAAGCGCUCUGGCCAGGAAUCCUAAGAAUGGGGUGGGAGGUGGCGCAGUAGCGCAUGGCUAAUCCCAGUUAUCUGGGGAGGCUGAGGCUGGAGGACUGAAAGUUUGAGGCUAGUUCUGAAAACUUAGGAGGCCCUGUCUCAAAAUUUGGCUAGGGAAGUAGCUCAGUGGUAAAGCACUGGGCUCAAUCCCCAGUACAAAAAGAACAGGGUGGGGAUGUAGCUCGGUGGUAGAACAUCUGCCCAGCAUGAGCCUCUGGGUUCUAUCCCUAGCCCCUUGCCCCAGAGAAACCACAUCAGAUACUUGAGUUACUCAUUCUAAAAUUCAGAAUGUUCUUUGAAUUGGCAGCAUUGAAUCCCCAAACUCAGAAGAUAUUAAAGGCUUUUUUUUUUUUUUUGGCAGGGAAGAUACGUGGGGACUGGAUGGGGUUGACCCUAAUGUUUCAUUUCUAACACAAACCACUUUUCCUGUCACCACCCAGGCAUAACCAUUUUGUGUCCUCAAGAUUUCCAACAUGUUUCUAGAUUUUAGUAUUUUAGACACAAAUGACAGGCCAAAGCUUUUUUCUGAUAUGCAAGGCUAAUAAAAUAGAUCCUAAAUUGUUA